AAAUAAAACUGCCGUUUGGAAGCCAAUAUUUGCUCCGAUCCCCAUGGCUUCGUAGGUAGGGAUGGCAAUUCUCCCCGUUCCUCGCGGGGCUCCGCGGGGAUCUCCGUCACGGGGAUGGGACGGGGAGGAAUAUUUCUCCUUGCGGGGCGGGGACAGGGACGGGGAGGAAUAUUUCUCCUUGCGGGGCGGGGACAGGGACGGGGAUCAUUUUCUCCUCCUUCACACAUCUCUCACGUCCAUCUCACCUUCAGUUUCCCUGCUGUUGCUGCUGCUGCCGCCAUCGGAGCCAUUUGCUGUUGCUGCCGGACCAUCUGUUGUUGCUACCAGACCAUAUGCUGCUGCCACCACCGGACCCAUCUGCUGCUGCUGCUGUUUAGCCAAAGCCAUCUGCUCUGCUGCUGCUACUGCUGCUGGCUGCCACUGCUGCUGGCUGCCACCACCGAAUCCAUCUGCUGCUGCUGCCGUUGAACAGCCAAAGCCAUCUACUCUACUGCUGCUGCAAGACCCAUCUGCUGCUGCUGCUGUUACCGCCACCGGAGCCUACUGUUGCUACCUCCACUGGAGCCUGCUGCUGCUGCUGCUGCUACCGCCACUGGGGCCUGCUGCUCCUGCUACCACCACAGGAGCCUACUGCUGCUACAGCCACCGGAGCCUGCUGCUGCUGUUGUCGUCGCCCAACAGCCUAAGCCAUCUGCUUUGCUACUGUUGUCGGAGCUAUUUGAUGUUAAUUGGUGGGAAUUGGUGGGGAAUGGGGAUCCCCGCGGGGAUCCCUGUUCCCCGUGGGAAACGGGGACGUCAAAAGUCCCCACCGGGAUCCCAGUCUCCAUGAUUCGCGGGGACGAGAAUGGGGAAGGGGUCCCCGGCCUCACGGGGCCCCGUUAACAUCCCUAUU